UCUCUCUGUCGAAUAAAUAAAAUCUUAAAAAAAAAAAAAAAGCAAAACUUGGACCCGAGAAAAUAAGAUGUACAGUGGUUUCACGAUUGCUGAGUAUGGAGGAAGAUCUUGAACGAAAUUCUAUGAAAGAUGUGAUUGAUAAUUUUAAUUACGUUAAAAUGAAAAACUGAUUUUGACAUGAGAUCGUAAGCAAAGUAAAAAGAGAAGCUGCAGUUUUGGGGAAGGUGUCUGUGAUCAUGUAACUAACACGUCAAGGAUUCCUAAAACUCAGCAGAAGCAGCUCCAUAGAAAAUCCAUCAUUUUGCAGCGGAGGCGGCCUGCGUGGCUGGCCAGGGUCUCCGGCGAGCAAGGAGCGGGCUGAGGCCUAUGAAGCAGAUGGCAGAGCCUCAGCACGGCCAGCACUGGCCACCGCCCUGGGCCGGUGACACCCCAGGUUCAGAGUCGUGUUCUGGAACAUCAGCAUGCAAUGCCCGUACGCACUCAACUUGGCCCUGCACGUGCAGACCUGGCAGCUCACACCAGCCAUGGGGACGCCAGGUGGCCCCUUCCGGGUCGUCCCCACUCAAACCCAGGCAUUCGGCAGGAGGAGGAAGGGACAGGAAGAGGCCUCCUGGGCCUGCAGCUCCCUGGUGCUGACGGCGCCGUCCGACCUCAGGAACAGGGGGAGCACCGUCGUGGGAUAGCGCAGCGAGUCACAAGCCAGCGCCAGUGAAUGCAUAUGCUGGCGUCCUGAGAAGCUGGUGUGACCAGUUUCCCCUCCAAACACAGGGAAACAGGUUGUUCGUAGCCCAGCUCAAGCCAGGUGGUCCAGGUGAGGGGUCCAGGUGAGGGACCCAGGCAGCGCUUCGGGGAGGCUCAGGGGUCCUGGGGAGCAGAGGGGCCGGCCUGAGUCCUGAGUCCUGUGGAUGAACAUGCCCUGGAGGGUCAUCCCACCUGUGGGCUGCACCUCAUGGCCUGUACCCCUGCCUGCAGGCUGGCCGAAGAGCAUCAGUUUUGGAAUUCGAUUACGUAGGCCUGAAUCCCAGCUUGGCCGCUUACUACUCAGCAGUAGUCACACGGCCCUUUCUCCAUCUAUGGGCCCCACCGCCACCCUGCCCCCCAGCCCGGCUCAGCCCUCCGAUGUGCUGACAUGGCCAUGAGGCUGUUUGCAAAAGCAUGCCGUCCCCAGGAGAGCCUGACGCGAGGCCCCGUUCAGAGCUACGUAGGAGGUUCCUCCGUUCCGCGCUCAGCUGAACGCUGGCUCCUCUGCUCAGAUGGGCCAGAGGCACGGGAUCCGUCUGCCUUCACGUCAGGGCAGGAUGCGGGGAGGAGGGUGGGUCUUGGCGCUCCUGCCCUGGUGACUGGCCUGGGCCCGUGGCAGUCUGGGUACAAGUUCAACGGGUCUAUUUUCGGAAGUCGCUGUAAGCCUCUCUGGGGCCGGGAAUGAGGCCACUGUGCUCGGAGCUCAGCAAACCCUCUUACCCGUCCAGGGCUUAACCCCGGCUCCCUUGGCAACAUCACUCAGAGAACUGGGUCGAGUGCAGGACACUCUGAAGGGACAACAGAGACUCUCUGCCCUCAUCUGCCCGGGUGGGCCAGGAUGUUGCUCAGCUUAAGAGGAGGAGACAGAUGCAAAAUGAGGAUAUGAGCAGGAAAAACUGAGAAUCCCUGGAUUUUAUAACCGAAUUGGCUUUUAUCAAAUCAUUUCCAGGGUCCUUUAGUAUUAAAUGUGGCCUACUGCAUGCUGACUCUUUGAAAAUCAGCAACGUGACCACGGUAUCAUGUCAGUGUUCGUGGGGAUCCUGUUUCCGCCGGGCUGGUUAAUUAACAUCUCGUCCCUUCGCUAUGGUGAAUGGCCAGAGUGUGGAGGGGCAGCAGGACCAGAAACUGUCCUAUUUAUUUCUAUUAUAUAGACCACUUUCUGAAUUUUAAUAGCAAAAACUAAGCAUUAAAAUUCAUUAUAACGUGUUGCGUUAACGAGCUAAAAAGUUCUUUGGCAAGACAAACGUGCCUUCCAAGAAGACUCGCUGUGGGAGGUGUGGUUCUUUUUGAGCUGCCCAGGCCCUUGGAUGGCAGAAGUCAACUUAGUGGGUUGUGCUUUCUGUGCUCCUAUGGCCUGGGGCCCCCAAGCCACUAACCCCACUAAGGAAUUUCUCCAAAUUAAGCCAUCGGUUCUCCUUGGGAAUGAAUAGGACAGACUGUAGACCUCACACUACCUGUCCUUCUGUAGUUAGAGGGGUGGGGACGUUUGGCUCCUUCUAGAAUUCUGGGAAAUGUAAUGUCCUGGACCCUCAAGUGUGCAGACAGCACGUAGGACUGACUCUGUGAGCCGACAAGCCCUUAGGGCUCCACGUGUAGACAUCUGUGCCCAGAGCCCCCGUCCUCUGUGAGGCUGCCUGGACCCACAGCUUCUCUGGCCUCCAGGAAGGGGCUCACUGUUGCACUGUCCCCAAGGCUCAGGUGGCCCCGGGCCUGCCCCUCUACCCCACGGCCUCCCUUAGUUGGGUGGGCGGGGGGCGGGCCCCGGCUGCAUGUGUCGGCUCCAGGGACCGCGUGUGACCGGUCCUUCUGUGUCCAGCUUAUUUUGUUCACUGAGCACAACGUCCUCGAGGUUCGCCCAUGUAGCAGGUGUCAGGAUCUCCUUCCUGAGGCUGAGUGGUGUCCAUUCCCCUGGAGGCAGACAUGGGCUUGCAUCCGCCUUUUGGCGGGUGUGAGUGCCGCUGCUAUGGACCCAGCGUGCAGGCUCCUGCUUUCCACCGGCAGACUCUCGCUGCUGCACGCUGGGGCCUCGCUGGGGGAGCCGCUCCCAGGGCUCCUGGCGUCUUGCUGCGGAGGCUCCCUGGAACCUUCUGCUUUCCCCCCCAGCGGAGAGGGGGCCAGGGACGCAGUGCCUGGGUUUCUGCUCUCGUCCGUGUGGCAGAUUACUACAGUCCCGCCAUGCUGGGCCUGCAGACGGACCAGGAGGUCCUGGGGGAGCUGGUGAGGACCAAGCUGCCGGCGGUGGCGGCCCUGAUGGAUGGACACGGCGUCCUGUGGACCCUGGUUGUGUCGCGCUGGUUCAUCUGCCUGUUUGUGGACAUCCUGCCCAUGGAGACAGUGCUCCGAAUCUGGGACUGUUUGUUCAACGAAGGUUCCAAGAUUAUCUUCCGGGUGGCCCUGACCCUAAUUAAGCAGCACCAGGCCUUUAUUUUGGAAGCGACCAGUGUGGCGGACAUCUGUGAGAGGUUCAAGGAGAUCACCAGGGGGAGCUUUGUGACCGAGUGCCACACCUUCAUGCAGAAAAUAUUCACUGAGCCCGGGAGCUUGUCCAUGGCCACCAUCAUCAGGCUGCGCGAGAGCUGCAGGGCCAGGCUGCAGGCGCAGGGCUGACUGGGGCUGCUGUCCGCCGGGGCCGCAAGGCUUCAUUUCCAGGGCUGACCAGUUUUUACUGCUUUCCCUUCUUAGUGCUGUGAAUACUCAAUGUCUCUACGCUUGUGAAUUUUUUUAAAAGAACGAUAUAGAAUUCUGUCAUUCUGUAACUCAGUAUGGGUUAUGAAGUCAUAAAUUUCUAAAAAUGUGUCUUUACUUGAGAUAUUCACUCAUAAAAUGUGAGAUUAUGUAUUUAUAAUAAAGUAUGUCAACACUAUGAGUUUGUGAUUAUCUAUCAGCUUAUCUGCCGACUGAAAAUGAAAACCAAAACAAUAAACUGUCAUUAGCGUUA